AUUGAUCUAAAAAUAAAACUUUUUGUGUUAUCAGGGUAUUGUUUUUUUAUUCUUUAUAUUAUCGUUGUGUGACUUUGAUCAUUGUGAAUAAUAACAUAAGAAUUGAAGAAGGGAGAUCGGGCCUUCAUUAAGAUGUCGACGAUGAAGAUGGUGAAUGUUGAUGUUUUCUCCCAACCAAAAGAAAUUAAGAAAAAAGUUGCUCAUUUAGUUGUUGAUUCUGGCCCUUUUAUUAAGAAUGCUUCUUUGCAUGAACUUGGUGAGAAGCUAUACACACUACCUGAAGUACUUGGAGAAAUAAAAGAUAAACACACUAAAGAGAGACUUCAUUCUUUACCAGUUGAACUUUGUUUUAGAGAACCACCAUCAGAGCUCAUCAAACUUGUUAGUGAUUUUGCCAAAAAGUCUGGAGACUAUCCAACACUCUCUGCUGUAGACUUGAGAGUCCUAGCUCUAACAUAUCUUUUAGAAAAGGAACAUGUAGGUACAGAGCACCUAAAAACUGAGCCUUACACCACAAUGGUGGAAUCAAAAUCUGCCAACAUUGAGCCAUGCAACUCCAUAGCUGGAUUUUACAACCCAGAUGAUAAUGAGCUUAGCAAGGAAGAAUCUGGGAUAAGUCAAGAGAACUAUAAAAAUAUCAAGAAUGAAAUAGAUUCAACUUCUUUAGAAAAAGAAAAUGUGGUAUCUGUUGAUGAUAAGCAGGAACAAGAAUUACCAGAAUUUGACUAUGUAGAAGAAAGUGAAGACAGUAACAGUGAUAUUGAAGAAGACAGUUGGAUUACACCAAACAAUCUUGUUGAAGUCAAAAAACAGAUGGGAGAACUAACACUUGAAGAUCACGUACCUAUUGUUGCUUGUGCUACUACUGAUUUUGCUAUGCAAAAUGUUUUGAUCCAGAUAGGUUUGAAAGUUGUGUCUGUUGAUGGAAUGCUGAUAAGAAAUGCUAAAACUUUUAUUCUACGUUGUCAUGCAUGUUUCAGGACAACAAGCAACAUGGACAAGAAAUUUUGUCCAAAUUGUGGGAAUCAAACCUUGAAACGAGUUGAAGUCAUUGUGAAUGAAAAUGGCACUAAAACCUUGCGUAUAAACUUCAAAAAACCAAUCAACAUCAGAGGAACAAAGUUCUCCCUUCCAAAACCUCAAGGUGGCAAGCAUGCAAACAACCCCCUCUUAUGUGCUGAUCAACCAGUGCCCCAGAACAGACCUUCCAAGCUUGGGACCCAAAAGACUGAUGCACUGCACCCAGAUUAUGAAGCUAAUCUCUCUCCUUUUGCUAUGAAUGAUAUUUAUAGUCGAGCUGCCAACCAUGGUAUACGCCAACAACCAAGAGUAAUCUCUCAACGCAGAAAUCCAAAUCAGUGUAAAAGAAAUACCGGAAAAAAGAAGAAGAAACAAUAAAUUUGAUGUGACUUAUUAAAUACUUUAGUGGA